CGGGUGCGGAGCCCGGCGCGAAGGUAACCGGGCGGCCGCGGGCCGGGGAGGGGCCGCAUCCCGGGGGCUCGGCGGCGCGGGGAUGUUUCCUCAGCCACCUCGGCGUGUGCAACGCCCAGGGCUUGAGUCAGAGCACCAUCCUUGGGGACCCUGGACCACGAUCAUGGAGACUGAGAGUGAGCAGAACUCUAGCUCUACCAACGGGAGUUCCAGCUCGGGGGGCAGCUCUCGGCCCCAGAUUGCGCAAAUGUCCCUGUAUGAGCGGCAGGCAGUGCAGGCUCUGCAGGCACUGCAGCGGCAACCCAAUGCAGCUCAGUAUUUCCACCAGUUCAUGCUCCAGCAGCAGCUCAGUAAUGCCCAGCUGCAUAGCCUGGCAGCCGUUCAGCAGGCCACAAUUGCUGCCAGUCGGCAGGCUAGCUCCCCAAACAGCAGCACUGCACAGCAGCAGAGCGCCACCACCCAGGCCUCGAUCAACCUGGCGACCACAUCAGCUGCGCAGCUCAUCAGCCGAUCCCAGAGUGUGAGCUCUCCCAGUGCUACCACCUUGACCCAGUCUGUGUUACUGGGGAACACUACUUCCCCACCCCUCAACCAGUCCCAGGCCCAGAUGUAUCUGCGGCCACAGCUGGGAAACCUAUUGCAGGUUAACCGGACCUUGGGCCGGAAUGUGCCUCUAGCCUCCCAACUCAUCCUGAUGCCCAAUGGGGCAGUGGCUGCAGUCCAGCAGGAGGUGCCACCCGCUCAGUCUCCGGGAGUUCAUGCAGAUGCAGAUCAGGUGCAGAACUUGGCAGUGAGGAACCAGCAGGCCUCAGCUCAAGGACCCCAGAUGCCAGGCUCCACUCAGAAGGCCAUCCCUCCUGGAGCUUCUCCUGUUUCUGGCCUCUCCCAGGCUUCUAGCCAGGCCCUAGCUGUGGCCCAGGCUUCUUCUGGGGCCUCAGGCCAGUCACUGAACCUUAGUCAAGCUGGUGGAGGCAGUGGGAAUAGCCUCCCAGGCUCGAUGGGCCCAGGUGGAGGUGGCCAGGCGCCUGGGGGCUUGGGUCAGUUGCCAUCUUCAGGAUUGGGUGGUGGAAGCUGUCCCCGGAAGGGCACAGGAGUGGUGCAGCCCUUACCCCCAGCUCAAACAGUGACUGUGAGCCAGGGCAGCCAGACAGAGGCGGAGAGUGUGGCCACCAAGAAGGCAGACGCAGAUGGGAGUGGCCAGCAGAGUGUGGGCAUGAACCUGACCCGGACGGCCACGCCAGCCCCCAGCCAGACGCUUAUUAGCUCAGCCACAUACACACAGAUCCAGCCCCAUUCACUGAUUCAGCAGCAGCAGCAGAUCCACCUCCAGCAGAAACAAGUGGUGAUCCAGCAGCAGAUCGCCAUCCACCACCAGCAGCAGUUCCAGCACCGCCAGUCCCAGUUGCUUCACACAGCCACACACCUCCAGUUGGCCCAGCAGCAGCAGCAACAGCAGCAGCAGCAGCAGCAGCAGCCGCAAGCAACAACCCUCACUGCCCCUCAGCCAGCCCAGGUCCCACCUACUCAGCAGGUCCCACCCUCCCAGUCCCAACAGCAAGCUCAGACCCUGGUGGUCCAACCCAUGCUUCAGUCUUCACCCCUGUCUCUUCCACCUGACCCAACCCCCAAACCACCCAUCCCCAUUCAGUCCAAACCACCUGUAGCACCCAUCAAACCUCCUCAACUGGGAGCUGCUAAGAUGUCAGCUACCCAGCAGCCACCACCACAUAUCCCUGUGCAAGUUGUUGGUACCCGGCAGCCAGGUACAGCCCAGGCACAGGCUUUGGGAUUAGCACAGCUGGCAGCUGCUGUGCCUACUUCCCGGGGAAUGCCAGGGGCAGUCCAGCCUGGCCAGGCCCAUCUGGCCUCCUCGCCACCUUCAUCACAGGCUUCUGGUGCACUUCAGGAGUGUCCUCCCGCGUUGGCGCCCGGGAUGACCCUUGCUCCUGUGCAGGGAACGGCACAUGUGGUCAAGGGUGGGCCGACAGCCUCCUCCCCUGUCAUGGCCCAAGUCCCUGCUGCUUUCUACAUGCAGUCUGUGCACCUGCCGGGUAAACCCCAGACAUUGGCUGUGAAACGAAAAGCUGAGUCUGAGGAGGAGAGAGAUGACGGCUCCACAUUGGGCUCUGUGCUUCCCGCAAAGGCAUCACCAGCAUCAGAGAGCCCAAAGGUGCUGGAGGAGAAGAACAGUGUUGGAGAGAAAGCCGAACCAGUGGCCAGUUUGAAUGCUAAUCCUCCAAGCAGUGACUUAGUAGCCUUGGCCCCUACCCAAUCAGCACCACCUCCUACUCUAUCCUUGGUGUCCAGACAGAUGGGUGACUCAAAACCCCCACAGGCCAUUGUGAAGCCACAGAUUCUCACGCACAUCAUUGAAGGCUUUGUUAUCCAGGAAGGAGCAGAGCCUUUCCCGGUGGGAUGUUCUCAGUUACUGAAGGAAUCUGAGAAGCCACUGCAGGCUGGCCUUCUGACAGGGCUGAAUGAGAGUCAGUCAAGUGGCCCUUUGGGAGGAGACAGCCCCUCCAUAGAGUUAGAUAAGAAAGCCAGUCUCCUAAAGUGCGAGUACUGCGGGAAGUACGCCCCGGCAGAGCAGUUCCGUGGCUCUAAGAGGUUUUGCUCCAUGACGUGUGCAAAGAGGUACAAUGUGAGCUGUAGCCACCAGUUCCGCCUGAAGAGAAAAAAAAUGAAGGAGUUUCAGGAAGCCAGCUACGCCCGUGUUCGGAGGCGAGGACCCCGCCGCAGCUCUUCCGACAUUGCGCGUGCUAAGAUCCAGGGCAAGCGCCAUCGGGGUCAGGAGGACUCGAGCCGGGGCUCGGAUAAUUCCAGUUAUGACGAAGCACUCUCCCCAACAUCUCCUGGGCCACUGUCAGUAAGACCUGGACAUGGAGAACGUGACCUAGGAAACACCAUUACAGCUCCACCUACACCAGAAUUGCAUGGCAUCAACCCUGUGUUUCUGUCCAGUAAUCCCAGCCGAUGGAGUGUGGAGGAGGUCUACGAGUUUAUUGCUUCUCUGCAAGGCUGCCAAGAGAUUGCAGAAGAGUUUCGUUCCCAGGAGAUUGAUGGACAAGCCCUUUUAUUACUUAAAGAAGAACAUCUUAUGAGUGCCAUGAACAUCAAAUUAGGUCCUGCCCUCAAGAUCUGUGCCAAGAUCAAUGUCCUCAAGGAGACCUAAUGUGGUCCUCUGCACAAAUCAGCCUAAAGCAGAAGCGCCAACUAUUCAGGUUCUAACCUGGGGCCAGCAGACUUUGCAGGGAAGAAGAGCGAGCUGUUCCUCUGUGACUCCCUAUGGGGGAUGUGGAGACAGAAGUGCAAGAAUUGGUUGUUGGUGCUACAUGGUGGCAGCUUUGACAUUUUCUCUGGGUUUCACCUGCACACACACACACACACACACACACACCCCAUUCUCACUAAUCACACCUACUCUAAUCCAGUUUUUAAGCAGGCAGACUAGAGACUAGGACUGCUGCUCCACCUUAUCCGGGAGUGGAGUGACUAGCCAGGAUGUCACUUCUCCAAGAGGAAGAAUGUCUUGUAUGGUAAGGCAAGGAAAUGGGUGAAAUGUAGGUUUGCCUCCCCAGUGGGAGGCCGGUUUUCCCAGCUUGUGUGACACAGGUAGCGAAACCUGGUGCUCUCCUCCUCUGGACUGUCUCAUUGUGGCUGUAGCUCAGUUUUCUGUUCAUUUUCUCCCUUAGAUAUGACUGUUUCUUCCUGCAUCCGUAGCAGGGUCACCAGCCAGGGUAGACACUUGGUCGGUAUCUGAUUGGCUGCAGGGACUAAAGGCGUUUGACUGACAGGUGUGGCUGCUGUCAUUCUUUCUGCAUCCCCGCCCCUUCUGAUUUGUUACCAUCUUCAACCUUUUCUAUCCCAACUCUGCUCUUUCCUAUAGCUUUACAAACAGGAGUGUGUGGGGCUAAGGUCAGGAUUGUAAGCACCUGCCUUGGGCACUAUUCCUUAUACAACAAAAUAUUAAAUAUUUUUUCUUCCUCAGUAAAAGGCUGAAAAGUG